CCAUGGCGCACGGCGGUGUCACUCCAGUCCAGGCAACCUUAGCCGCUGACAACGAGUUAGGCAACCACGUGACUUGCACAACAUAACCAUGGGCGUCUUCGCCGUGACCAAGGUGUCCGAGGGCCCCGUCCGGCCGUCCGCCGCGACGCCGUCGGAGACGCUGCCACUCGCGUGGGUUGACCGGUAUCCGACGCACCGCGGCCUCGUCGAGUCCGUGCACGUGUACCGUGACGCCGUGACCGGGACGGGGGACGCCGGCGCGGAAGACAAGAAGAGGAAGCCCCCGGCGGCCGUCGUGCGCGGCGCCCUCGCGGACGCGCUGGUGCACUACUACCCUUUCGCCGGCCGCAUCGUGGACGGCGAUGACAAGAGCCGCCCCUCCGUGCUGUGCUCCGCCGAGGGCGUCUACUUCGUCGAAGCCAUCGCGAACUGCACGCUCGCCGACGUCAACUUCCUGGAGCGGCCGCUGCUCCUCAGCAAGGAGCAGCUCGUGCCGUACCCGACGGCGGAGCUCUGGGCCGUCGAGCCGCAAAACAGCCUUGCCAUGAUACAGGUGACGACGUUUACCUGCGGCGGCUUUGUGAUCGGCCUGCGCACCAACCACGCGGUGGCCGACGGUACGGGUGCGGCCCAGUUCCUGAACGCCGUCGGCGACCUUGCCCGUGGCCUCCCCGAGCCCCGCGUCAAGCCGGUCUGGGGGCGUGACCGCUUCCCCGACCCGGACAUCAAGCCCGGCCCGCUCCCGGAGCUGCCGGUACUGGCCCUCGAGUACAUCGCGUUUGACUUCCCGGUCGCGUACCUCGACAAGAUCAAGUUGCAGUACUCCGACUUCACCGGCGGCAAGCACUGCUCCGGCUUCGACAUCGUCAUCGCCAAACUCUGGCAGUGCCGGACCCGGGCCAUCGGCUCGGUCGUCGUCCCCGGCGCGGACGUCAAGCUCUGCUUCUUCGCCAGCGCCCGCCACGUGCUGAAGCUGGAGCCGGGAUACUGGGGCAACGCCAUCUUCCCGGUGAAGGUGUCGGCGCCGGCGGAGAUGGUUGCCGGCUCCUCGGUGGUCGAGAUUGUCCGGGUGGUACGCGAAGCGAAGCGGCGCAUGGCGGAGGAAUGUCUGAGCUGGGCCGAGUGCCGCACCGGCGGCCGCGACCCGUUCCAGAUGACGUUCGACUACGAGUCAGUGUACGUGUCGGACUGGAGCAAGCUCGGGUUCUCCGACGUGGACUACGGGUACGGCACACCCACGACGGCCGGGCCGCUAGUGAACUGCGACCUCAUCGCGUCGGUCAUCGUCCUGAAGGCACCGGCGCCGCUCACCGGCACGCGGCUGCUCGCGAGCUGCGUCACCAAGGAACACGCCGACGACUUCGCUGGCCUGAUGAGAGAGGACCUCGUUUGAACGUAUGUACGAGCACCCAUGCAUGCGACCUAAAUAAACUGAAGAAAACGAGGGUGCCUUUAUUAUGUUCGAGAGAUGUGAGCGCUACUCUUUCUAAAGUCGUCGGUCACGGUCCGAUAUAGUUUGCUGAUUUUUUUUUUCUUUUUUGAGGAAACGUUUGCUGAAUGUUUUGUUUGUACACUUAUCGUCUUUUGGGGGCAGUUAUAUAGCAAUUGCAAAGGAAGAAGUACCGUACGUGCAAA